AUGAGUUCACCCAAGGAGGAAGGGAAGCCGCAUGAUGAGACGCAGGAUCAUGUCGACGGCGACAACGAUGAGGAAGAGAUCUCAGAGAUGAAGAAGCGCGUGGCCGAGAUGGAGGCCGAGGCGGCCAAGCUGCGGGAGAUGCAGGCGUCGCUGGACCAGGCACGCCAGGACCUGAGCGAAGACAAGGAAGAUAUCGACAACCGGAGCAUAUUCGUCGGCAAUGUCGACUAUUCCACCUCACCCGAGGAACUACAAGCGCACUUUCAGAGUUGCGGGUCUAUUAACCGUGUGACUAUUCUUCUGGACAAGUUUACCGGCCAGCCUAAGGGUUACGCAUACGUCGAAUUCAGCGAGCCCAACCUCGUCGCCCAGGCCCUCGUGCUCAACGAUUCCGUCUUCAAAGGCCGUAACAUCAAAGUCGAGCCGAAGCGCACAAAUAUCCCUGGAAUGUCGGCGCGCGGCGGCCGUGGCGGUCGUGGUGGGUUUCGCGGUGGGCGCGGUGCCUUUGGACGUGGUGGCGGCGGUUUCCCGAGAGGAGGCGGGUAUCGUGGCGGCUACAGGGGCCGCGGACGUGGCGGCUAUGCGCCCUACUAG